AUGGCCUCUUUCCAACCGCACUACACCUCCCUCUCCACCCACCUCCAACGCACCCAAGACACCUGGGUGCACACGCUCCUCACCCUUCCCUCCUCCACUGCCUGCAUACAAAGCAAUCUCUGGCUACACCACGACAGCCCCUGGUUCACCGGCUACAUAUGUUCCCAGGGGCAUCACGCCAUCACCGACGAACUAAUUUCCGAGGGAAAAGGCGGUUGUUAUGGAUAUAGUGAGUAUGAAGGCGGAGGACCAUUGGUGGGACCUUGGUAUCGAGCGGAUGAUUGGGAGGAGACGGGGAUUUGGGUUUAUGGGGGGGAGGACAUGCCGAGGGGGACGGUCAAUAGUGUGGAGGUGAGGGAGAGGUGGGGGGAGUUUUGUGGGAUAGGGGCGGUGGGGUGGGUGGAGAGGGAUGUUUAUAGGGUGGAGGGGGUUAGGUGGCGGACGCAGUGGGAGGGGGUUUAUUAG